GCCCAGGACUGGCGCGGGUCAGAAUCAGGCAUCCCCCAUCCGUCCGUCCGCCCGCCCGCCCGCUUAUUACCCUGCUCUGCAGUCUGCUGAGUUCAUCCUUGAAGAAGGCGCAGGAAACGAAAUCCCACAAGCGAAUCGAGAUCGGCGCGCGGGGAGGAUCGGAAAGGAGUCCCUGACUCGGCACCAGAGACGCGCCGAGACAGCGAGCAGCAAGUGACCACCUCCGCGAAGUCAAAGCGAACUCCCCUCUCCCCUGCGCGACCCCGGUUCGACCCCUGCCGCUCACCCGUCUCCAGUCCAUUGGGGGUGUGGGGGGUGGUGGUACAAGUCACUGGGCGAUCAUGUGGCGGGGUGCGUUCUCGCUCAUGCUGCUGCUGUGUCUGUGCGGCGGCGCGGGCGCCCUGCAGCGACACGCGGCCCCGAUGUGUCGCGACGAGUGCGCCGGGUGCCUGCGGCUGCCGCACGCCCGCACCCUCAACCUGAGUGCCCUGGUGUGCGCCCUUCAAUGCGAGGGAGCUCGUGCCAAGGGGCUCGAGUGGAUCGGCUGCGGCCCGGAGAACAGCCUCGAUGGAUCCCACGCGGGGGCAUCCGGCAAUCUGCUGGCAGGUGGCGGUGAGGGAAACGGCGGUGGCGAGAACGACGAGGAGGAGACGGUGGCUGGAACCUAUGGCCAUUACGAGGGCGACGCUUACAUGAGUAACGGCGACGAUCUAGAUGGCGGUGACGCUGCUGCUGGCGACGUCGGUGGUGGCGGUGGCGAUGGCGGUGGUGUCAGCGACGACGACAAAGAGCUGGCGGGCGCUCUCAAUCACUUGCUGUAUCGCGUAGCGAGCGAGCUGCAGGAGGAUCACAAUCUUCAGCAGCAGCGUGCCGAACCGUCGGGCUUGUGGAAGCGAUACGGGGGCUUCGUGCGCUACAGCAGAAGAGCCGGCGGCGGUGGUGGCGCAGAGGACGACGCCUCCUCCUCCUCCUCCAGACGCCGGCGCUAUGGGGGCUUCCUGCGCUUCGAGAAGAGCUCGGAGGGGGGAGACGCGGCGGCCGUCGCGCAGGGAGGAAGAGCCGGCGGCGCCCCGGGACUCCCGGAGACUCCCGAAGAUGGCCCGCAGAAGCGCUACGCCGGCUUCAUGAGAUACCAGAGGACGCUGGAGUCGGACGUGGACCCAGGGACGAUCGACGUGGAGGAGGAGCAGCGGCAGGAGGAGGAGGAGGAGGACGCGGACGACGAGGAGGAAGACGACGCGGCGGGACCUCGCAAACGCUACGGCGGCUUCGUCCGCUACAACAGGGGCGGCGUGCAGAAGAGGUACGGCGGCUUCCUGCGCUACGCCAAGGCGCCCGGGUGGGGGGCAGAUGACGAGGGCGACUUGCCGGACCUCCGUAAGCGCUACGGGGGUUUCAUCCGCUACAGGAAGGGCGACCUGCAGAAGAGGUAUGGCGGCUUCCAGCGGUACAGCCGGGCGCCCGCGGGGGGCGAUGGUGCGGCGGGGGAAGGCGACGGGCGUGAGAGGCGCUACGGGGGAUUCCAGCGGUUCACCAAGGGGGCGGAGGCGGAGAGCGCCGGCUACGACGGGGAGAGGAGUGAGGGCGGCGGCGGAGUCGACGACGGCCGGAGCGAUCGCAGAAGCGCCGCGCAGAAGCGCUACGGGGGCUUCAUCCGCUACAAGCGGUCGACUGACGAGGUCGAGGCCGUCCGCGCCGACGAGAGCGAUCGGCGUGGCGGGUUCAUAGCGGCCAACGCGGCCACGUCCCAGUAGCUGGCGGAUUUAUUUUUCAUUCAUUUCUCAUGGCAACCUUCGAUGUCCCAUCGUUCUUCUCAUUCAUCUCCAUGCUGCCCCCCUCCCCAUCCUUCUCCCCCCCCGCCUAACAUUAUGGAAGUUCGCCGCUCAGUCAUUCUCUGUUUUGAGGUCACCUUUUCACUUUUGCCCGCAUCUCGCGUUCCUCUUGCACGCGAGCACGAGUGAGGGCUGCUGUAGAUGAAUUCGACCAGCACGUGGUCACGUGUCACGGAUGAUCCACAGCACUAGGCCCAGAAACGCUGAGGGUCAUGGGGUUGAUCCCUGGUUUCAGCCGCCAGUGGCUGAACAACGAUCCGUAUGCGUUUGAUUUUGAAGGCGCAUGACUUUACAGGUCAAUAUCUCAAUUUGCCCAUUGCAAAACAUGUUCCGUAGUAUUUUAAAGUGAUUACCACCACGCCGUGGUGUUAUGUAACCGGAUCCCAAAUGACAUGUUUACGGACAGAGAAAAAUGUCCAUUUCGUCUUUAUUAGGGUCAAUUGAGAUGGGCCAUGCUUUUCCAUAAUGCAGUCAAAUGAGAUGACUAUAGCUAGGCAUGGGAGCAGGUCUGUGUCUGGCCAGACCCAGAGCCAAGUGUUUUCAUCAACACGACUGAACGCUCAAAUCAAACAUCACCAACACCAAUACUAAACUCACCACACAGAUCACCAACACCAAUACUAAACUCACCACACACAUCACCAACACCAAUACUAAACUCACCACACAGAUCACCAACACCACUACUAAACUCACCACACACAUCACCAACACUAAACUCACCACACAGAUUACCAAUACUAAACUCACCACACAGAUCACCAACAACAAUUUUAAAUUCACCACACAGAUCAUCAAUUCUAAAUUCACCACACAGCUCAGUAAUAUCAAUGAUCAACUCACAAUUCAAAUAACCAAUAGCAAGGCCCAGAUCUGGAUAUAUUUUGGACAAGAUUGGCAACCAACUACCUAAAAAAGAAAUACAUUGUAGAAAUUCAACUAACAGCGUGAUACGCAUCGCGUACCAGUGCGAUUCCUCAUGAGGUCGGCAAAUCCACUAAACUACAUGGAGCCUCCUUCAAAGGACUGGCUGUUGCAGCGAGAGUUCGUAUUGAGAUCCAGACGUUCCCAGUGACGCAGUGUUUAUGAGAAUCGGUCCAGCGGUCCAGGACAUAGGAUCACUGAUUGGGACAUUUCGACGUAGAAACUUAGCCGGAAAUGAAUGAGUCAACAGCCGUCCGUACAGAUUUCCCGCUAUCCACGAAUCAAAUGUGUGAACGUCGAGGAAACCCACCGUUGAUUGAGAAUAUGUUUUGCAAAAACAACAACCCCCCCCCUCCACCUAAUUCGUUUCUCCACCGGCGAUGAUGAACGAGUGAGGUUUGCGUGUGGAAGCUGGAGGACGUGAGGGAUAGAGGUUGGAGUCGCUCGAUGCCUCGAGAGAAACGAUGCCCGUCUCGCGUUGGCAUCCUCGAUGAUUCUCCCUUCCUCCCACCCUCCUUCCCCCUUCUCCCAUUUCUCUUCAUCUGCCUCCCACAUCCUGCCUGGAAUCCCUCUCCGCAAAAUAACAAAAAAAAGCUCCCUCCGAUCGGCUGGUUAAGACAACCAAAUGGGAGGAGGCAUUGCAUUUCGAACCCGCGCACCUGCCUGCAACGUGCACCACCGCGACUACGUGACAAGAUUUGACUAUAUUUUACUAGAUAUUACUAUACGUGACAAGAUGCCUGGCGGAAGCCAACAACGCGUUUACGUAUAUUUGUAAUAAUAAUAAUGACGACGACAAUAAUGCUACUACUACUAAUUAUUAUUGUGAUUUACAGCUCUUUGCCGGUCCACCUGCUGGAUGGAAGCCAACUCCAAGCAGUGUGUAGAGCACAGAUUCAUAUUCUUUGGGUCUUUCGGUAAAGUCACGUAGAUAGGCUCAAAGAAAAUUUUCGUCGUAGUUUUGUUUGUUUGUUAUUUUCUUUCAACCUUACUACGUGAAAUUUCGAUUUAAAGCUUUCGUGACUGCAGGGAUUCAUCUUCUUGGUUCUUUCGGUAAAGUCACGUAGAAGGGAAAUAAUAAAAUUAUAAAAAUAAAACAAUAAAAUACAAUUCUCACUAUCUACGUGACUUUAUCGAAAGACCCAAAGAAUAUGAAUUCCUGCAGUCACGAAAGCUUUAAGUCAAGAUUUAAAGCCCGGAUUGCUAGGACGCACUUUGCCGCGUUGGUGGGCGCGGGUUCGUGAAGGCAGGUGUCCCACGACCGGCUCAGACAUCACUCAUAUUCUUAGGUUUUUUUCGGUAAAGUCACGUAGCAGAGGUGUGGACUCGAGUCAUGUGACUUGGACUCGAGUCAGACUCGAGUCAUGAAUUUGAUGACUUGAGACUCGACUUGGACUUGCAUAACAAUGACUUUGUCCCACCUCUGAGGUGUGGACUCGAGUCAUGUGACUUGGACUCGAGUCAGACUCGAGUCAUGAAUUUGAUGACUUGAGACUCGACUUGGACUUGCAUAACAAUGACUUUGUCCCACCUCUGUCACGUAGGUAAAAAAAUAAAAUUAAAAUUAAUAAAAGUAAAAUAAAAAAAAUAAAAAAAAUCACGACGUUUCGGAGGCAACACAGACAUCACUCGCCACUGAUGUGAGCCGUGACCGCGAAUCGACCGUCUAAUGCGAAUUUCAAAUGACCGUGUUGCUCUCUAUAAUCGCUCAUCAUCGCGAACAACUUGGUGAAACAACGCGUCUGGCUACGCUCCAAAGGGAGAGUUCACACUUUAAGGAGCCGCGUUUAUAAGACACCAACGCAACAACAACUGCUGCGCACUCAAUCUCUUCCCAGUAACGUUAUUGUGGUGAUUAUUCAGCCAUGCCCUAUCCACUGCUGGUUGAAGGUCUCUCCACGCCGUCGCAUCUGCCACGUUCUGCUUUCAGUGCGUUCAGUUCGCCUGCCUCCCCCCCGCAUCUCCCAUUAGCGUGGUUGGCUACGGACUGCGUGAAAGACGGCCAAAGUGAGUCCGUCCGUCCAAACGCUGCGACGAUACAACAAUCGGUCCCGAGUCCGUGCAUGAAAACAUGAUUCCAUCACUCCGUCUCCACGGUGGGUUCGCCCCUCGCAGGCCCGUUCACUCCUUUGGCUGCUAAAUCGUCGUUAGCCUCGAACAUUCUUGCAGCGUGUCCUUAACGUGACGUCUCUCUUCGUUUAGUUCUCUCACGAUCCGUGACGCCCCCUAACCCCCCCCCUCCCCCCAUUUAUCUCCCUGUAAUUCCAAGCAUGCAUCUCACCAAAGCUUCGUAGCGCACGUUUCAUGAAUUGGCUGAAUGACAUCUUUUGGCAUAUAGAGGACUGCAGAGCUUGGAUAAGCGUUGGUGCCAGCUCACUGCCGUGGCUGUCGCCUUGCAGCUCGUCUUGUGGCUCAUCGGGGAUUGUGGAGAUGUAAUUUGCAUGAAAGACGCAAUGUAAAACGAAACACUAUCUUCAGCGUUUGUUCCAUAGUUGUGUUGAAUCGAUGAACAAAAAAAAAUACGCCGUCUACAUUUGACACGUGGCUCUGUAUAAAUUAUUGCCGAACAAAAAUCAAAUGGAAAUUCCGUGGUGUAAAAUUUUGGUCCC